ACUUCGAUUAUGAUAUAAAAAAGCUCCCCACCCCACGAUGCCUUCAUCACUUUUCUUCUACUGAUUUCAGAACCUAAAAAUAUUUUGCAUUUAUGGAUCAGAAGAUCAAUGUUUUUGUGUGGGAUAUGGACGAGACUCUCGUCUUACUGAAAUCCCUAAUCACGGGCACAUAUGCAAAGGCUUUCAAUGGCUCAAAAGACGUUCAAAAGGGUAUAGAAAUUGGCAAAACUUGGGAGAAUCAAAUCCUUCGAAUUUGCGAUGAUCACUUCUUCUAUGAACAAAUUGAGAGCUGCAACAAGCCUUAUGUUGAUGCAAUGAGGGAGUAUGAUGAUGGGUUAGAUCUCACUGAUUAUGAUUUUGCUAAUGAUGGUUUUGUUGGUGCCUCUUUUGAUGAUGAUGAUAAUAAGAGGAAAUUGGCCUACAGACACCGUCUCAUUGCUCACAAGUAUAAAAAGGGCUUACGUAGUGUUUUUGGUGAAAAGAUGAUAAAAUCUUGGGACAAUCUUUAUGAGGUGACUGAUGAUUUCACAGACAAAUGGUUGUCUUCUGCUCGGACCUGUGUGGCGGAAUGUGCAAGCGGAACCAAAGAUGUCACUCCCUUGGUGGAUUCCACAAGUUCAAGAACACAGAACGUAAACGUUAUCGUAACUUCAGGCUCAUUAAUCCCCAGCCUUGUCAAAUGCUUGUUGUUUCGGCUCGAUGAUUUGAUUUCUUACGAAAAUGUUUACAGCUCAUGGGAAGUAGGGAAGUACCAAUGUUUUUCAUUGAUCAAAGAACGAUUCAACGGGCCAAACGUGCAGUUCUGUGCAAUUGGAGACGGAUGGGAAGAAUGUGAAGCGGCCGAAAACAUGCAAUGGCCGUUUGUGCAGAUUGAUCCCGGGCCGGUUAGUACCUCUCAUCGUUUUCCUGGCCUCACUGUCGAGACUUUAGGACACUAUAUUGGUGUUGUUUAUGGGGAAUCUGAUGAUGACGACGAUGACGACGACGAAUAAAGGGAACAGAAAUCACAUCAAAUGAAACACCAACUUCCUGAACGGAAAACCGUCAUUGAUUGUUGGUUAUGAAAAACCGUUAACCAGACUCGAGCCGAGUCUUGCGUACCGUGUCGUCCUUUAAAAACAACGGGAGAUGUAUUCUUUCCCUCAUUUUUCAUUUUAUGUUGCUGCCCCGGGCCGCUAGUAUAAACUCCUGUACAUUGUAAAUUAUGUCGAAGAUUAUAAUCUGACUUCCGUUUAUAAUCCGACUUCCGUUCCGU